AUGGCUGUUGAGGGCACCUCUCCCGCGUCCUCGGCCUGCGAUGCUGCGCUGAGUGCUGCCGAGGGAUACGACCACGCCAACGUCGCCGAUUGGAACUCACAGAUAAUCAACACCGUCCUCAAAGCCCUCAUCUCCGCGACCGCCCCCUCCGACGCAUCUGCUCCAGCCCCCUACCGCUUCACUGUGAACAGCACCAUUGUGCAGCAAGGUGUGAUUGACAAGACCGCCGCGGCUGACGGCGCGCUCAGCAACGCCGGCAAGCGCGGCAUGCACUCUGCCUCCGGCGCAUUCUGGGAUGUCAACCGUGACGGCAUGUGGACGUUCAAGUACCCCGGCGCAGAGGAGCGGGGGCUGGAUGUCGUGGUUAGCGUGACCUGGUUCGCUGUGAGCUAA